UAUCAAGUAGACCAGAUGUCGCUACUCCGUCUAUAUCUGGUAGUCGGAGGAUAUUUCAGCUACUGCCUUGCUGCCUAUGUGCUGCAUGUGGAUUAUUUCACCUUCGUGGUCGAUGAUGCCACAAUAAUUGUAUCGCAAAGUGCCUUCGUGGAGCAGGAGCAGAACCGCAGCUAUCUGUCGGGACACCUGAUUUUCAAUCGAUCGCUGAACGAAAUUACGAUGCGUUCUACAAUGAACAUCAGUCGCCCUCGAAUGCCGGUGGUGCGGCUCUUCGAUGUCAAAUUGAAUGUCUGUCAUGUUAUCAGCAAUGUUUACAGGAAUCGAUUUGUUCGUAUAUUCUACAAUAGUUUUGCCUCAUUUGUGAAUGCGAAACCCGUAUGUCCCAUUAAGCCGAAUUUCAACUACACUUUGACUCGCGCCUAUUUAAACGAAGAAGUUCUGCCCGAGCUCCUGCCGCAAUGCUCCUUCCGCAUGAAUCUCAUUUUUCAGCACAAGUCAAAGCCUCUAGCUCACAUGCAAUUGGAUGGACGAUUGAAUAGAGCAUAAUGAAUAGCCAAUGUUAAU